AUAAAAGUAAUCCUUAUAUCAUUUACAAUAAAUUCGUUUAUUUCACGACUUGGCGAUUGAGAUAAGAGGUUUUCAAAAGAAAGUAACACAGCUUAUCAAGAGGGUCGUAACGUCCAUGAUUUUCAGUUUGAACAUGUCGUUUUUAUAAUGUAUUUAGUCAGGCAAUUAAGCUCACGUGUACGUUCUGUUGCUAAGUGCACUGCGGUCGCAGGUUUGAGUGCUUUUAUGGGGCACUAGAGUGAAGUUAUCAGUUUCUGGUAAGAGGAAGCAACAUAUUAAUACCUAGUGGUUGCGGUUGUGAGUCAUAGAAGUGGAUCGUAGCAACUAGAAAUUUCUAAAAUAUGUGUUCCUUCGUUACUAAAUGACAUGAAAAUCGGUUAAGGUUCAUUAGAGUAAUUUCGAAAGUCGUCUAAUUUCGAAAGUCCUAUAAAAACCACCAUUAUUUCCAUCAUAUUGAAAUUCCCCUUUCGAAAUUACCCGACCAUUUCUGUGUUUCGAAAUUACCCUAAUGCACCUUACAAAUUUUAUGAAUUUAGGUACCUACUUAAAGUCAGUAACGAUGGUAUUGAUAGAAACAACGCGCGAAAUGUAUUUGCCAUCUUGGUUUUCCAAAGUUUUGCAUGAAUGUUUUGUAACAUACGACAUGACAUACCUAACUAGACUAUUAUUAUUGAUAAACUACCUAUUGAUAUUUUUAUCAUCUCACUUACUCGCUGUCACACUAUUUAUUUUCAUACACGAGUGCUCAAGAUAGCCCAAAAACUUGAAGCGUUUUAUAUUGAUAAGGUGUGAAUCAUACACAGUCCGACGUCUUCAAUAUAACUUAAAAAACUAUUCUAUAUGUUACAGUAAUAUAUUAAUUUUAUUUUACCAAGAAACAUUUAUAAACACAUUCUCAGAAUAUGUUUAACUACAUAAAAGUAAUUUCAUUGUUAAUGUUGUAUGUGUUUGUGGUAACAAAUGCUUUCGUGAUAAAUUAUAAAACAAAAACAUCAAAUAUAUUCGGUGUAUAUGAUUAUCAUCGAAAUAUCGGCAUACCACUGGCUGAAAAAAUACGAAAACUUGAAAGUGAAAUCAGCAUGCAGCGGAUCACUGGUGGAUUAGUGACGGAAAUCGAAUCAGUGCCUUAUCAGACAGGUCUCAUCAUCUCAGUCCUCAACAAUCUUUCGAUCUGUGGUGGCUCUAUAAUUUCCCCCACUAAAGUGCUCACAGCGGCUCACUGCUACAAUGAUGGCAGUUCGACAGCUGAAGCCAUACUGGUUGUGCUGGGGUCCAGCCAACUGUUUUUUGGAGGCACGAGGGUUGAUGCAGUGGAUGUGAUCGCCCAUCCUGGGUUCAAUCCUGCAACGGUAGAAAAUGAUAUUGCUGUUGUGCAAGUACCAAGUGUCGUAUUUUCUUCGCAGAUCCAACCAGUAGCCCUGCCUUCGGGCGAAGUAAAUAUGGAUUUCGCCGGAUACCAGGCGCUCGCCUCCGGCUUCGGAAUGACAAGCGACGACAACGACAUAGAGUUACUCCAAACUCUGUCGUCAGUGACAGUUCCUGUCAUCAGUAACGCUGAAUGUGCAGCAGUUUACGGCGGUUUUAUCCUAAGCCAGCACCUCUGCACGAGCGGCGCGGGUGCUAAGGGUACAUGCGGUGGAGACUCGGGAGGCCCGUUGGUGGUGGAACUGGACUCCAGUAAUGUUUUGAUUGGCAUUACGUCUUUCGGAGCCGAGUUCUGCACGUUAUCGUACCCGUCCGCUUAUGUCCGGGUAUCGGAAUACUUAGAAUGGAUAUCAGCACAGAUAGUCUAAGGUGUUACGUAUUUACAAAUACCGACUACUCGUAAACAAAGUCUAAUAAAAGUAACAUAAUGGA